CAGAUUCUUCACGGCACUUCAUCGUCGAAUUUGGUCGAGUUUAUGACAUGAUAAUAUAUCACAUAUCAGCACCUUUCUCACAUCUAGCGCUUCCUUCUCACUCUUAAUUCCACUGCUCUGCUCCUCCUAUAUUCUAUGACCUCCGAUACCCACCAACCCAAAACUCAACACCUCUUUGCAGCUUCCCUUUUCUCAUAACUAUCUCUGAAUCUUGAUCGGGAUUCACGAGACUAUGGCCUCCCAAGUCCAUUCAAGCUGGUUGCCGGCCCUCUUAGCUGAUGCAAGAUUAUCCCCAAAGUUAUUUGCUUGGUCUCCUGCCAAUAUCCGCCCAACAACUACAUCAAAACUCAGAGAAACUAUUAGCAAUGGUCAUCAUCACGAAGAUCGUGUCCAUGCUGCCUCAAAUGACUCUGACAAGCGCAUUUUCAUCGUGGGUCCUGGUAACAUAGGUAGACUCUUCGCGAGUCACCUGGUCCGGCGACCCAACCCGCUCCCCAUCACUCUCGUGGUGCCCAGAAAAGAACUUCUAUCACAAUGGGUAGCAAGUGAGGGCAUAGGUCUUGUAGACCCAGACCACGGCAAAGUGCUUAAGAGCAAGCGGUUCAACAUCGAAUGGUGGACAGAGACUAGACCUCAGUAUGGUCCUGUAAGGGAAGUGGCAGAUGGGGAGAAGCUACGCAACGUCUUCAUCGCCACAAAGGCAGCGGCUGCGUUGACCGAAGCAGAUCGGCUUCGUCGAUACUUGGGAAGAUCCACCUCGGUGGUCUUUGCACAGAACGGAAUUUGCAAGCUGUGGCCUCCGCAUGGUCCUUUAUACGUAGCCAGUCGAUAUGGAACUGAGGACGCCCCUACCUUUUCAGCAUGCGUCGUGAAUCAUGGCGUAUCAUCGGCAGGCCCUUUCAUGAGCAUUCAGUCAGUUUCUGGCGACGCUUCUAUUGGGCCUGUCUUCUCGGCUUCGGACAAACGGCCCUCGGACGACUUUUUCAACAAAUACAUCGCCAGCACACCCUUUUUGGAGACAAAACAAGUUUCUUCAGGCGAACUGUGGCUAAUGCAGCUGGAAAAGCUGGUCAAGAAUGCCACAGUCAAUCCACUCACAGCCCUGUUACGCUGCAAAUCGGGGGAAUUAUUUACAAGCCCUGAUUCGCAAGACCCUUUGACUCGCGUACUCGACAAGCUCUUAUGGGAAAUUAGCGCCGUGAUCCAGGGUCUUAUAAAUCACGAUGCAAGCCUUGACAUUGUUUCUUCUUACGCCGAGCAGACGCAUCAGGAUGAGACAGGCUGCGAAGACUUCCACCAAAGCGUUGCCAAGAUCAGAAUGAAGCUCACUGAAAGGUUCUCACAGCCUGUUCUGAAAUCGAAACUCUCCAUGCUUCAGGAUGCGGAGGCGGGCAAGCAAACAGAGAUACGAGACUUCAAUGGUUGGGUUGUCGAUAUGGCAGAUUUUUUGGGUACGGGUCUGGAUAUAAUUUAA